AUGGAUCUCGCACCUCUCACUGACGCGCACGCCCAUGCCCGCAAGGCCGCAGCGCUUUCGCAGAGCCCAAACCUCACCGGGGCAAGAGAAGAGCAUGAACUUGCUGCGCAGGACUUUGCAAAGGCAAAAUAUGGCGUGGAGGACUCAGAAGCCCUUCGCAUCCUUGACUUGCUCGAACAGCAUCACCGCCAGCUCGCCGAAAUCAUCAAGUCGCACUCUUCUCCUCCGAAGACUGCCGCCCAAGCUUCUACGUCUGAUAGGGAUGGCGAUGCGAGCAAGGACAAGACGCCGGUCUUAGCAGCCGCCAAAUCCGCGGAAAAGGAGCUGCACGUUCCGAAACUCGUCGCGCGAACCUCGACAUCGCCUGUGCGGACUCGACGUCUACACAGAGAAACCUCGUCGUCGAUCGCGGACAAUCUGGCUAGGCAGCGCAGAGGCCUGCCGGCAAAUCCAGAGCUGUCCACGCUGCAGGCAGGAGGCAGGAUCCUGAGUCACAUCGAGAGGCCAGGUUACAACAGCACCCGGCAGAGGUCUCCAGAGAGCACGCGGACUCUGCCGACAGUAACGGAAGACCGCGCUGACGGGGCUCCCGCUGCGGAUGCAAAGCCUCAAAAGCCAAGCGAAGACUCGUUUUCGCGCUUUUACAGCACGUUUGGUGGCCUGUUUGAGAAGUUGUCUGGACCUCUCGCUUUCGCAGGUCUCCCUCUUACACCAGAACGGGACACAAAUGAUGCUCCGUCGCAGCAGUUGCAGCAAAAGAAGGGCGAAAAGGACAAAGCAAAGGACAAGGUACGAGCUAGCUCGUCCGACGAGCCGGACUUGACCAAGAUCUACUCCGCGGCUACCUUAAAAGCCAUACGUGAAAACGUCGGUCCCUCCUUUGGUCCGCAAGAAUCCUUCUAUCUAGUUCCCCCAACAGGCGGCACCGUCUCUUAUGCGGGCAUGGUCAGCGGGGUGCGAGGAUCGAACAUGCCAGAAACUAUGAACGAGGAUGACGACGAGUUUGUCGAUGCAAAAGAGAGCAUGGGUCCUCCGUCGCCAAUAUCGCUACGGAACAGCGGUAGAAAAGGCGUGUCUCCGGUCACCUCACGCGAUGGGCGAAGACCAAACUCUGCGUUGCCAACGGCAAGCGGAAAAACGCCAGAAGAACUAGAACUCGAGAUCACGGUGCUCAAACAGCUUCUCGACACCCAGGCCAAACGUCUGCAAAUGUGGGAGAUGUCCUCCCAAUCCCAGUCGAUGGCCUUGCAGCAGAGCAUGCGCGCCGUUCGGCAGCGCCCAGAUCUGCCCAGCGUGGGCACCGACCCUUCCACUCUGGAGAAGAUGGCCAGUCGCGCUGACGAAGAGCGCAUACGGCAGCUGGAGGCGUUGUUGAAGACUGAGAGAGAGGAGAAGCAGGCGCUGGAGGCACGGAACAGCAAGAUCGAGAGCGAAAACAGGAGGUUGACGACGACCGUGGGCCGCUAUCGAGACAAGUGGGAGCAGCUGAAGGCUGGGGCACGAAAAAGGGAAGACGACAAAAGAAGGAGGCAGAAUGACGCUUCCAGCGUCGCGGGGAUGAGGGAGAGUAAGGAUGAAGAAGACGCAGCAGGGAAUGCGUGA